UUUUUUUCUUUUCUUUUUUUGUCAAAAAAAAUUUUUUUUUCUCUACACAUUAAACCUCUAAGCACAUUAUGAUCAUAAUACAAUGGAAUAUUAAUGGAUUUUUCAAUAAUUUUGAAGACUUAAAGCUAAUUGUCCAAAGACACAAUCCUGACUUUGUACUUCUUCAAGAAACACAUCUUAAAACUACUGACUUUCCAUCUUUUAGAAAUUAUCACAUUAUUUCCAAUAAAGAUCUGUUUGAUUCAGCACACGGUGGCUCGGCCAUUCUAGUCAAGGAAGAUCUAAUGUUCUCUGAAAUCGUUGUUAACUUUAACAUUGAUGCAGUAGCUAUCACCUGCCGGAUUGAUGGCAGACAGUUAUCUUUUUGCUCUGUUUACUUUAAACCACAGUUAAACUCAAUUCGCGAUGAUCUUGAGAGUCUACUUCGAAGUCUGCCAUCUCCUCUGGUCUUAGGGGGUGACAUGAAUGCCCACAAUGAAAUAUGGGGUUGUUCAAGUACACAAAAGAAAGGACGUGAGGUUGAGUCUUUUAUUUUGGACAGUGGUCUCUCGUUGAUGAACAAUGGUGAUCCAACUUACAUUCACCCUGGUUACGGUAGCAUCUCUGCUAUAGAUUUAACCUUUUGCUCACCAUCUUUGAAUAUUCUCCUAGAAUGGGGUACGGCCAAAGAAGCUUACGGUAGCGAUCAUACACCUAUAGUUAUUAGCAGUCUAGGCCCUACGUUCAUGAAUUCACGAAGAAUUAAGUGGUUAGAAGACAGAGCUGACUGGGAUUUAUUUUUAGAAAAGUCUUUAGGACAAUUUGAGUUUGAUGAAAACGCCAGUACAGUAGAGUUAUUAGAUCGAUUUAACCAGUCGGUUAUACACGCUGCUAAUCUAAGCAUUCCGAAAACCAGGGAAUUCUCGGGAAAAAGGCAAGUUCCCUGGUGGAGUGAUGAGGUUAAAGAAGCUAUCAAGGCCAGAAAUAGAUUGUAUAGAAAGUUUUUCUACCACCCCACUGCUCCCAAUCUCAAAAAUUACAAGCAAAAGCAAAAAGAGGUGCGAGAAAUUAUUAAAAAAGCUAAAUCCGAAAGCUGGAAGCAAUACGUUGGUAGCAUCCAAAAAGACACUCCCCCAAAAGUCGUUUGGGAUAAAAUUAGGAAAAUUUCCGGGACCUUUAAACCCAGUAAUAUCAGAGAAGUCUACCUGGGAGAUUCUGUUUUUUCCACCGAGGCUGAUAUAAGCGAGUGUUUAGCGACUUCUUUCGAAAACAAUUCUAACGAUUCCCACCUAUCUCAAGAAUACCAGUUAUACAAAAAUAGUUUGGAAGCCUCUAACAUUGUCCCUUCAUCCUCAACUCCUCCGGAAUUAAAUAUCCCUCUUUCAAUGUUUGAGUUGCAAUACGCCCUUAGCAAUUCGACGGGCAAGUCGACAGGCCCUGACGAUAUUUCAUACAGCAUGCUUAAACAUCUGCCCCCUCAGGGUAAACAAAUGCUGCUUGAGAUCUUCAACAGAGUUUUUUCUGAGGGCUCUCUUCCUAAGCUAUGGAAAAUAGCCAACGUUGUGCCCAUAUUGAAACCCCAUAAGGACUCUACCGAUCCUAAGAGCUACCGGCCAAUCUCCCUUUUAAGUUGUGUGGGAAAAGUUUUAGAAAAAAUGGUGGUCAACCGGCUUAACUGGUGGCUACACGAAUUUGGCCUUUUAUCGGAUUUCCAAUCAGGUUUUAGAAAAGGAAGAGGCACUAAUGACAACUUAGCUCUUUUGCAACACUUCAUUGGCAAUAGUCUUAAUUCCGGAAAACACGUGUCUGUAGUUAGCUUUGAUCUUGAAAAGGCGUACGAAAGAGUCUGGAGGGUAGUGAUUAUCAAUCAAUUAAGGGCAUGGGGGUUAGAAGGUAAUCUGUUUGAUUAUAUCAGAGACUUUUUAACUAACCGUCUUUUUAGAGUAUUUGUAGGAAACACGCUUUCUUCUCUCCACACCCAACUCAACGGAACCCCAACUGGUAGUGUACUUUCCGUGCCUCUCUUCCUCGUUGCUAUUAACGGUCUCUCCGAAGUACUAAAAUCCAUAAAUGUCGACCAUCUAAUAUAUGCUGACGAUCUAGUGAUUUUUUCCUCUAGUCACUCUUCAAGCGACUUGGAAGAAAAACUCCAAAUGGCUAUAGGACAACUAGAACACUGGGCUCUGGAAUUUGGUUUCUCCUUUUCUACUCCCAAGACUAAAAGCAUACACUUUUGCAGAAAAAGGGGCUGUGCCUCACCCAGUUUUACCCUUAAUAAUGAGAGCAUUGAAACCGUUUCUCACCAUAAAAUUCUUGGAGUCGUCUUCGAUAAAAAUCUUAGUUUUGACCGGCAUAUCACUGAAAUUAAGAAAAGUUGCCAAACCCGGUUAAACAUAAUCAAAACUCUAUCCAGUACAAAUUGGGGCUCAGAUCGUUCCCAACUUCUAAAAAUUCACCACGCGUUGAUUUGUGGAAAGUUGGAAUAUGGAGUGGUGGCUUACGGCGCGGCAUCCAAGUCGUCCCUUAAUAAGCUAGACCCAAUCCACAACGCAGGUGUCAGAGUCUCCACUGGAGCCUUUAGGACUUCUCCAACUAUUAGUGUCCUCGCCGAGGCCGGGGUUCUUCCACUCUCAAUCAGAAGGGAAAUCCUGCUCGUAAAAUUUUGGAAUAGAGUCAAAGAUAACCCUUAUUGCUCUGUAUAUGAUAUGUUAAAAACCGGAGUUAACCCGGGAUAUAGACUUUGCUCGUGGACGGAUUCAGUCAAUCUAUGGCACUGGAAAAACAAUACUCCUCCCCACUCUGUAACAUUUGCCAAUCCUUAUCCCUUUUGGGAUGUUAGGGAAGAAGUGGUCGACACUUCUGUGGAGGGUCUAACCCGUCACAACAGCAGCAGGGCUUCAUCUGCAAUUGUAAACCGCCUCAAUAUUAUUCUUAGCUCCCUUGAAGAUUGGUCUUCCAUAUAUGUUUAUGGGGGAAAGAUAGGAGACAGAGCAGGUUGCGGAAUAUGGAUCCCAUCCUGUGGAGCCAUAAUUGAGAAAAAACUUCCCGACAUAUCCUCAAUCUCUACCGUUGAAGCAGAAGCUACUCUUGAAGCAAUCAAAACUGCACUUGUUUUUCCGAAAGCAGCUGUAAUCUCAAAUAGUCUAAAUACUCUUCAAGCAAUUUUCUCCCUGUCCCAAAACAACUGUUUCAUUUCAGAAAUUAGAAGCCUAAUUGCGAAAUAUCCGAACAAAAUUAGAUUGAUCUGGGACCCAGGGGUCUUAAUAGGGAGCAAAACUGCUCUCACCUUUGCUAAAAACGCAUGUUUUAAGAACGAUGUCCAGUUUCACAAAGUUACAUUGAAAGAUUUAAAUAACUGGACUAAGGAUGUAGCUAUUGGGGUUGAACAAAUUAAGUGGGAUCAAAUCUCUGGUAAUAAACUGAAAGAUCUCGGAGGUUCUCCAAGAAAGAACCUCCCCUUCCAGUCUAGAUCCGAGAAUGUAAAAUUGACUCGUCUACGAAUUGGCCAUUGUUACCUUUCUCACAUUCACCUCAUUAACAGAACAUCUCCUCCUCUGUGUGAACAUUGUGGGACCCAAAAAACGGUUGCCCACGUUCUAGUCGAGUGUGUAGCCUUCGAGAAUUUCCGUCGAACCUGCGGAAUUAGUGGGCUCUCACUAUCAGAAUUACUCGGGGAAAGUAAAAACAUACUCAAGAGAACAUUGGAUUUCAUGAAGCUCACAGAUCUCCAGAUUUAAGCCCCCCCCUUUUUGUUUAUUAUUAUUAUUAUUUUUUUUUUGUCUUAAUAUUAGUUUAAUUCAAACUCGUGUUUCAGGAUGAGGUAUCUAGUCAGAACGUCGUUACUUUCAAAAAUUUGUAUUUCUUCUCUCUCAAUUUUCAUUUCCCCUUCUCUUUGUAAAGUGAAGUGAGCAUCAAAUGAUUUUUGUACAUGUAUAUUAAGCCUUCGCGGCUGCUAUACAAUAAAAAUUUAUUCAUUCAUAAAAAAUAAUCAAGGUGGAGAUAUUAGGGUGAAAAUAUGUACACCACUUCCAGACACUUCCACAAUUUGUAUGGAGCCCUUACACUUCCUGCAUUUCGGAAAAUUGCCGAAAAUGCUGCAAUACUUCCAGCACUUCUUACACUUCAUACAAUUCUCAUACUUAGGAAUCAAUAAUUUGUUUAAUAUUAUGAAAAUUCUAUUUAAAAAAUUUUCAAGAAAUUUAUUUUUACGUAUAUUUUUCUUAUAUUCUGCUAAUAUUUUGAAUUUCUUACAGCAGAUAUUCUUGCAUACUAACGAUAUUUUAAUAUUACUUGUGUUUUACGACCCACAGAAUUUCUCGAUUUUCUGAGAGACCAGUGAAGCUACUUUUGGAAAAGAGAGGCUCUAAAACAGGGGUGUGCAAGAACCGUUUGAAACCGAAUAAACGUCAAAAUAAGUUUGUCCAAGUAUCGUUUUGAUCAUUAACGUACAAGUUUCAUUUGACGUUUGUUCGGUUUCAAACGGUUCUUGCACACCUCUGCUCUAAAAAAAAAUGUAUUGUCGUUUCUAAUUUAUUGAAACUGUGUUGGAAAGUCUCUAAGAGACCAAAAGUACGAGUGCCUAAUUUAGCACUUUAGAAGUACAGUAUCGGUCAAAAAUUUCUUGACAAAGUUAUAUUCGAAAAAUCAAGUGGAAAGAAUGAUAAAAAUCAUUUUUCUUUUUUCAUUCCUAUAAUCCGUAAAUAUUAUUCAUACAUUUCAAAAAAAAAAAAAAUUAAUAUUGUAUCAAAAAACCUGUUUUCCAAAAGUAGACCAUUUUUUAUCGGCUAAAAGUAUCUCGUUACGUUUGAAAAAAUUAUUUAAGUUACUCUGACCUUAUCCGACAGGAUAGCGGUCAGAUCAGUGAGAUGUCUCUAAGAUUACUCUUAAAAACCCAUACAUCAGCACGCUCUUACUUCAUUGCCGUUAUCCCCAAAGACUUCAUACUCGUUUUUAACACAGCACGGGAUCCGGCAAAUCGUGUAUUCCGGAAUUGACUAGAGAGGUCUUUGAAAAGGUUACGAGCAAAAAGUACCGUAAUAACUCGUAAUACAGUUCAUACAGUUCCUACAGAUCCCCUUAUUCCUUUCAGUAUAAAGAUGUGGCACCCAUGUAUCGUGCUUUUAAAUACAUCCAACGUUUUCUAAAUAGCGAAAUACGAUCGAAUUAUUGUUUUCCAAAAUCUUGAUAAUCUCUUCAAUUGGAUAAUUUUCUUUCCACUCGAAUACUCCCAAUAUUGCCUUCAAUGUUAGAGAACGUCUAAAAUAAAGUUGAUCUUUUCAAUAAUAAAUCCUUAAAUUGAAAUUUUCUAAAUCAUUUAAACGCGAUCUUAAUAAACCCACAAAAUGCUUUGUUUUUGUGGAAGUCCAUCACUUUUAGACCUUUCCAAAAUUCGACUAACAUUGAAUACAACAAAGGCAUCUUUGCGUUCUUUAUGUAUUUUGUAAUAGUCCUUCAAAGGACGUAUCGACUUAUUAGAACGAUACUUAGCAUUAGGGGAAUGUAAGACAAUAAUAUAAUCUUACCAGUAAAAGCCAAAAAGUAACAUAAAUGCUCGAGGAUACCUACGGGAUACGCAUAAAGUAAUGACAUUCGCAAAAAAGUCCCACGAACUUAUGCAAUCAUCCAAUAUACAUUAUAUAUUUACGAUAAAUUAGAAAAAAAUCAAAUUGAUUCAAAGUCAACUGAAACAGCUAAAUCAUUUUUUCCGAGCAACUACAUGAAUUUGCAACUCCUGUAAAAAUUAAGGAAAAUUAUAUUGUAAUGAAGAAGACACAUUUUUCAUAAACCAUGAAUAUUAUGAAUAAAUUUAUAUUCUUCAACUGAAUAUUUCUUCGGAGAAAUUACAACACAAAUUAAUCUAUAAUAAAUUUUAGCAUUAUUUACUCCGUUUUCUUUUCAUAACCGAACUUGUAAAAUGUUAACAAACUUUUUUGGCCGCUCCAAUUUAAUAUCUGAGCUAUAAGUAACGUAUAGCCUGCAAAAUUCGGAAUUAGGCAGAAAAGAUUUUAUUUUCGGGCACUCCCACUUCUAAAGACUUCCAAGCACUUCUUUUUUAGCUGUACACCACUUCCAACCUAAUAUCUCCCCCUUGAAAAUAAUGCUUUCUUAAUUUAUUUAUAGACUUUCUGCAAUAUUUAAUUACUCUUGCUUUGAUUAUAAGUUCUAAAUUUAGUUAUUCAAAAGAAAUAAAAAAAUAAAAAAAAUAUGAUUCCAAAAAUUAAACUUCCAGCGCCGAAAAGUAGGCAAUUCUUUUCCCGCCAAAAAUGACCUUUAUUUUGAAAUGUAACGUUCAAACCAUGCUGAAGAAUUCUUGCUGAGAUUUGCAGAUGAUGUACAUGAGAAUUAUGCGUGCAAAGCUAUUUUUUGCAAAAUAUAUAAAUUUUCCAAACAUACUUUCACACCACACAUGUUAAAUAUUGUGAUAAAGUGUAUUUGUCAACAGAAUAAAGACUUUUUAAAGCUUUGUUCCAAUUCUUGAAUGGAAUUUUGUGAAAUAUUUUCCUUUAGUGUCUCGCAACAAGACGUGACUUUAUGCACAAUAUCAAAUGAUCCAAUUGAUAUCUUCGCACUUUAUAAGAUGAAGCACUUUUUGGUGACACUUUAGUCUUUAGUGUUUCUUUUAAUGGGUGAUCUGUGAGCAAAGAAAUGGCCAAAAUUGAGGGACAAGUACUAUUUUUCCUCGCAACACUUUUUUCAUUGGCUGUCCGGAUAAUUUGUAAUGAUUACUGUGAGAUUGAAAAAGCAUUUUGUCAUGGACAUCAGCAUAUUGCUUGCAAAACCACAAAAUUCCCAGUUGGACAGUGUUUUAAUGUGGAAAUUGUAAAAAUGGAUCACAUCCUCAAGGAAACCAUCCUCCACAGGCACAAUCUCUAUCGCAAUGAUGUAGCCAGUGGUCUUGUGGGAAGAUAUCCAAAAGCUGCCAAGAUGCAGGAAAUGGCAUGGGAUGAGGAAUUAGCAUAUUUGGCCACUGAACAUGUUAAACAUUGCAAUUUUGAGCACGAUAAAUGCCGAGCAACCGCAGAAUUUCCCUAUGCUGGACAGAAUCUCGGUUUCCACGGGACAACAGGACACCUGGAAUCCCUGACGAAUAUCACAAAGUUCAUGAUUGACGAAUGGGCCUCAGAACAUGCCCUAGUGGAUGAAUCUGUGGUGUAUAAAUUCGAGAAGAGCGACCUGAAGGCCGGUCACUUCACUGUGAUGGUUCGCGAAGAGAAUUGCCGUAUUGGCUGUGCAAUGAUCACAUACAACUACAAGGAGGAUUCCGAAGUGUGGACAGGAGUUAUGCUCACGUGCGAUUAUGCAAAAACAAACAUCCUCCAUCGGCCAGUUUACACUGUAGGAUCACCUUGUUCAGGCUGCGAGAGCAUUGGAAAAACCGUCAGCACGAGAUACGAUGCUCUCUGUGCCCCAUAGAACUUAUUCCUGUGAUCAUAAAUACAAAUCUAUCUCUGGAUGCAGAAUUAUGGGAGAUAUAAAAGGCAUUUGCAUGCAAAAAUGCAUGGUCAUUUCAUCCAAUCUUUGCUUUAUUCAUCAAAGCCAAGGGGUGGAUAAGCAGUGAACUGUAACUGCACUAUGUGGACUUCUCCUCCAGAGAGAGAGAGAAAUUAUUGAAAAUUUUGUAAUAAAAA